UCGAUGCAUUUAGACAUUUCUAGCGCAGCUGUUUAUGCAAUAUAUGUACAAUUCGUUUAUUUUUUCGUUCUUUUCCGCUUGCUUCUUCGAUCUAAGGGCUAAAGUAAUUUUUUUACGUGUGGAAAAGAUCUAACAAAAACUUCUAUCAAAUAUUCAGGAGUUUGUUGGUAUGUUUUUACGGAUAAAAUCAUAAAAGUUUAAUUGCGCAGUUUUGGUCACAGUGUAUGUUUUGGUGUUGACAAAGAUCAUCUGGGUUUAUAGGUAGUCUGGUACAGUCAUGGCAUCUGAAAAUAGCACUGGUGGUGUGGCCACUGACCAUGACAAGAACAGUGCAAGUCUGGUGACCACUGAUGCCAGCAGCUCAGCUGGUCCUGCAGUGUCUGCCUCUGAGAGCUCGAGCACAGAAGUCGCCACCAGCAGCGGUUCUAGCUCCGCAGCGCCGGCCGCCGGCAGCUCCGGCGCUGAGAGUAUGACGCUGCGCACGCUGCAGCAGUACCGGCUGAUGGCCGCCGACCCGCAGAAGGUGGAGCCGCUCACCAGGGAUGGCACCGUGGCGCAGUUCCUCGCCUACGUGCUCGAGGACCGCGACGAGGCGAUCGUGGUCGAGGCGCUGCACACCAUCGUGCUGCUGUGCGCCUCCAGCAGCUCGCGGCGCCAGCUGGCGCGCACAUACGGCCUCGAGCCGGCGCUCCGCUGCCUCAAGAUGAAGGACUCGGGCCCCGAGGUGCUGGCACUGGCAGACCGAGCGCUGAGUGAGCUGAACCGGUCCGCCGCGCCGCCGGCCGCGGCAGGAGCCACCAGCUCGCCGGGCGCGGCACGCGAGAAGCCGCGGCCGGCGCCACGACCUAAGCACAAAGUGGUGACGCUUCAUGUGACCGGACUAGUAACCGAUGGAGACCGGGAAGAGCUCGAGUCGCUGCUGGUGCGAGUGCGCGGCAUGAUCUCCAUCGUGUUCGACAUGGGCCGCGGCCGGUGCACGUGCCGCGUGCGCGACCACGUGACAGUGGGCACACUGGGCUCUGCGGUGGACCGCACAGAGUCGAUGGCCGCCUACCAGGUGGUGCGCGGCGCCGACGGCGACUCCGAGGAGCUGGUGCCCGUCUCCAAGCGGGCCAAGGCGCUGGAGCGGCCGCAGGAGGAAAAGCUGCCCGAGUAUCUCCCAGAGGAUGACGGAGACGCACCGCCGGCGGCCAACGCCAUGGCGCCCGGCGGCUUCUUCAAGCAGGCCAGCGGGUGGCUGUCAUCGGCCAGCUCGUACCUCAGCCAGUCGUUCUACUGGUGACGGACCGGCCGGUGACAGAGCGUUCCUUGCCAGAGACAGAGUGUUGGUAGUCAGCGGUGGCCGCGGGGCUUGGAUACCACGUUGUUCUAGUUCCCGCCUCUGAGCCGUGUUUCAAUGGACAAUAAUGAUUGGGUGAUACGGACUGGCGCAGCGCAGUGGCACGCGGUGCUGUUAUUUAUCGACGGGCGCGGUCCAGGCGGGACCAGGGCCGUGCUCCCGAGCCAGUCACAUUGUUUUAAACUGGAGAGGGACGUGGCAACUGUGUUGAAUUGUUGACGUGCGUAUGAAACUCGAAAUGCGCAUUGCUGCUGGCGUCUCAAGUGUGCACGACAUUCUCGUUUUAUACGAAACGUAGUCAGAAGUUAGUGUUCCUUUGACGCGAUACCGACGGGCUUUUCGCUCCGUUUUGUCGCCGCACAAUGCCAUGUGUUUGUGUGUAUGUGUACUCCCGAGCUCCCUUGAUGCAAUCGACGAUGUGUGAAUGACACGCUUUCGAGACGAGUUAUGCGACUUUGCGAUGGGGCUACCAAUCGUGUGUGCAAACUAAACCAAUAUAAACUUGGGUACCUAUCA